AACAGCCAAAGGCCCGCGUGACAACAAGAAUUACGACAGCUCGACAAAGCUCGCAUGCUGGCGGCGCACAUCAUCACAUAAGCCGCGGCGUUGGGUUGUCAGUUCACAGCUGCAGCAUCUCCGCGGACGCAUCAGCCCCAACCCAGCGGACAUGCCAGUCACCGUGAUGGAUGGUGCACCGCGCAUUACCCCAAACUCAGCCCGUCCAUCCAAGGCUUCCCGCCCCCCCACCCGUUUUUCAAGCUCCGUCGGCAGAAUCGGUGGUCGCAUCACGACAAAGUCAGCCGCCGCCGCGGCCCGUUUCCUCCUCCUCCUCCUCCUCCUUCUGUUCCUCCUCCUACCUCCUCUUACUCUCGCGGGGGGGUUAACGCGGGCUUCGGCGGUUCGGCAAUCCCCCACCCUUCCACAUCCGUCCGCCUGCCCUGCCAGCCAGCAGCAACAGCUGUGUGGUGGUGUUACACCCCGUCCCAAAACGGCGCUCUUUCAUCUGCCGUCAUUGGGCGCGUUUCCAGCCAUGGCGGCGCGCAGGUGCGGGAGGGCGCAUGUCUGCGUGACCACUCCUUGUCCAACUGGGCAUGCGGCAUGCGCUGCUCGGAGACAAGACGCUCAGGUUCCGUGUCCAUAUUCCCGAGAACGACGACGCCGGAUGUGAUGGGGCGUCGUUGGAGGUGCCUGGCGGGCAGUGAUGGAGGGGCAUGGCUUGAGGGCGCAUAGUCAUAUCUUCUACGUGGGAGACUUGGCUGUCGCUUCUACCUCCUUCGCGACCUCGCACCUCCGGACUUUCUUUCUAUCCUUGCUCUCAGAUCAUAAUCAUCGGUCAUCAUGAGCGCGCGGUCGAAGCUCUCCAGUAUGGUCGCGCUGGGCGCCCGAGGGGCCGGCCUGACGAGAUGGCGGGUGUCUGGCUCUGUCACACCCUUACACCGUCAAGGGCCUCGGUGGGCUCGUCCCGUCACCACGUCGUCGAAGCCAUCAGGCACGCCUUCAAGGUCGCGCCUCGCACCGGUUCUUGCGGCCUCGGCCUGCGUGGCCGUCGGGGCAUUCUACAUGACGCGGUCGCCUCGCAUGGACCUGGCCCACGAUGCGGCGGCCGACGUGCGGAGCAAACAGGUGAGAACCAAGCCACUUAAAGCAUCGUCUACCGAUUUGCUCUGCGGCGCGUGGCCAUAGCGGAGCAGCAGAAAGACAAAGCUAACUGUUGGCGUUAGCUUCACAUGACCCUAUCUCCCGCGUCGUCAUCGCCGGCCGCCAGCGGGGAGGAGGUGGAUGCACGUGUCGCCUAUUACGACGCGCUCGAGGCCAACGCGGCCGACGUGUCGACGCUGCCCAUCGAGCACGCGGUGCUGACGUCGGCGCCGUCGGUGCCGCCGCCGAUAACGCGGACGCACGCGGCGCUGGUCAAGGUGGACCUCACGACGUCGCCCAAGAUGGUGCAGGUGACGAACCAGCACAAGUACGAGGCGUGGACGUUCAACGGGACGGUGCCGGGGCCGUUCAUCCGGGCGCGGGCGGGCGACGUGGUGGAGGUGCGGCUGGCGAACCGCGACGAGACGGGCAACCCGCACAACAUCGACUCGCACGCCUUCACGGGGCCCGGGGGCGGGGCGGCGCUGACGACGGCGGACGAGGGCGAGUGCAAGACGGCGCGGUUCCGGCUGCUGUGCCCGGGGCUGUACGUGUACCACUGCGCGGCGGCGCCGGUGCCGGUGCACAUCGCCAACGGCAUGUUUGGGCUCAUGUACGUUCAGCCGGCGGACGAGCAGUCUCGGGGGCAGGGUUCUUCAGCUGGUGGCCUGCCCGAGGUGGACCGCGAAUACUACGUGAUGCAGAGCGAGGUCUACCACGAGCCGCCCGAGGUGGACGAGGAGACGGGGCGGCCGUCGGGGACGGUAGAGUUCUCGUACCCGCAGGGCCUGCGCGAGGAGCCCAACGCCGUCGUCUUCAACGGGCGCGAGUCGGCGCUGACGCGGGACGCGCCGCUCAAGGCGCGGACGGGGGAGACGGUGCGCAUCUUCUUCGGCAACGCGGGGCCCAACCUGACGAGCUCGCUGCACGUCAUCGGGAGCCACUUCCGGCGCGUGUACCGCGACGGCGACGUGCUGAGCCCGCCGGGGCGCUUCGUGGGGACCGUCGGGGUGCCGCCGGGGGGCGCGACCAUUGUGGACCUCAAGGCCGUGGUGCCGGGCACGUACACGCUCGUCGACCACGCCAUCUUCCGCAUCGACAAGGGCGCCGUGGGCUUCCUCAACGUGGCGGGCGAGGCGCGGCCCGAUGUGUAUGGCAGCUCGGAGCCGCCGGCGCCGUGCGUGGGGUGCAAGCUGCACUCUUGAUGGGAAGGGGGGGGGAUGGUGGUGG